CGUACAUACCGCCUGAGAUACAGCGGUCGCCAUACGGUACAGUCGAAGCCCAUUGCGAACUUUGUGUCACUCCUCAGGGCGGACCAAAUCUAAUACCAUGACCUCCUAGCGCGCGUGUUGUCAGGAUUAUGCACAGCUUAAAACGCCACCGGCGCAGGGUGGGGUGCACGAUGCCCUGUCUAGGGCGUGGCUUUGUCUUCGCCGUCCUUACCUUAGCUGCAGCUGGCGCAGCGCAAGUCAUUCCAGUCGCUUUGACAUCUGGUGCUGUCACGGGGGUGCAAGUGGAGGUGGACGACGGCCUCUCGCUGGCGCUGGCUUUGUUAAACCAAACAGUCACGCUGGUAAUAGUCACAGUCCCGUUCAUAGCUCUAAGCGAGGAGGCGUUCGACCAAGCGGGGAAGCAGCUUGGCAUCCUAGAGUUUCCCUGGCUUGUGACACGGAACUUUACAGUGAGUUCCCCCGCUGCUGCUGGAAGUCUGGAUUGGCCCGAGGUCGACCUAAUGUACACGCGACACAAGUUGCGCCUCGCCAACGGCGUGUGGGUGCAAGUCAACCAGCUGGUCAUGAGCCACUUCCGGUCCGACAACCCCACCCGCGUCCCCGGACUCGACAUCCUCGCCCCGACUCAGUUGCCAGGCCUGGCGAUGCUUAUAUUGACUGCAGCUGGCGCAGCGCAAGUCAUUCCAGUCGCUUUGACAUCUGGUGCUGUCACGGGGGUGCAAGUGGAGGUGGACGACGGCCUCUCGCUGGCGCUGGCUUUGUUAAACCAAACAGUCACGCUGGUAAUAGUCACAGUCCCGUUCAUAGCUCUAAGCGAGGAGGCGUUCGACCAAGCGGGGAAGCAGCUUGGCAUCCUAGAGUUUCCCUGGCUUGUGACACGGAACUUUACAGUGAGUUCCCCCGCUGCUGCUGGAAGUCUGGAUUGGCCCGAGGUCGACCUAAUGUACACGCGACACAAGUUGCGCCUCGCCAACGGCGUGUGGGUGCAAGUCAACCAGCUGGUCAUGAGCCACUUCCGGUCCGACAACCCCACCCGCGUCCCCGGACUCGACAUCCUCGCCCCGACUCAGUUGCCAGGCCUGGCGAUGCUUAUAUUGAGCCAGGCUGCAAUCGUUCAUCCCGCCUGCUACCCAGUGUCGAUCGGCGAACAGAAUGUGUUGGCGAUGAUUCGUCCGCCGGCCAUACCAGGAGAGCAGCGGCGGCAGUGGGACUUACCACAGCCCGGCUGCAUCCCCCGUGGGAAUCACUCCAGCAACGGCACGUGGAUACCCCGCAUGGCGCAGUGCUAUGGGAUCGUUAAUUUUGACAUUGAUGUGGCCACAUACGGGGCGGACAUGGAUCCAGCCACCUCAAAACCCGUGUACAACGGCCAGAUAUUGGUCGGCAGGAACCAGACCAACCUGUGCGAGGUGCUGCUGACGCUGGACUGCGUACAGAAGCUGGGGCCGCUGGGGUGCUACUUGACCACGGUUGGACCCCGCAGCAAUGGCAGCAGCGUUGCAAGCACCGGCAGCGCAGCUGGCGGAGGCACCGUCAAGGAGGUGACCGCUUCCCCUGUGGAUGGCGGGGGCAGCGACGGCGGCGGCAGCAACACGACGCUGAUAGCUGCCCUGUGCGGCUCAUUGAUUGGUGCCGCGGUGUUACUGGCGCUGGUGGUUGCGGCUGCGUUGCUGGUGCGCCGGCGGCGACUGCGCAGCCGGCAAUACAAAGACGACAGCCUCAUGGCUGGAGGGCAGCAGGCGCCCGGGGGUGGUGGGAGCAUGGGCACGAGUCAGCAUGGCGGCGGCCCGGCGGCGGUGGGGCUGCAACUUGGUGACAAGUCGUGCCCUGGCGGCGGCGGAAGUGAGGACACUAGCCCUGAUUGCAGCGGCAGCGCGGAGGAAGCGGCCCGCGUGUCAGAUGUGGAGACCGCAUGUGGUGCGGGGGGACCUGGAGGCGCUUUGCCGCUGCUAGCCGUCGCUGCGCCGGCGAUGGCUGCCGGUCUUGAAUCAGGCGGCGCCAGCGCAAGCGCCGCGGCAAUGCUGCAGGCGCCAGUGUCUGGGAUGUCUGCGGCCUCGGACUCGCCGAGCAUAUCUACGGCGUUCUCGGGAGCGACCGGUUCGGAGCAGCAAGCCCCCGUCACCUCCUUCACGCCCCGCCGCGCCGACCUACACAUGAAUGUGCGGCUCGUCGCCAGCGGCCAAGCUGCCUUCAGCCGCUUCAGCCGGGGCCAGCCGUCCUCAGCAGCGGGCUCGGGUGAGCACCGCGACAGCGCAGAGCCUGGCGCCUGCGUUGGCGAUGCAGCUUUGGGCAGCAUUGAAUCGGCGGCCCCUGCGGGCCAGCCGCUGCCGGAUGAGGCGCCUGCUGGCGCGAAUGAGGUGGAGCUGCUGCCGGUGGUGCUCGGCCGGGGCGCAUUUGGGCAGGUGGUGGAAGGCAUGUUUCGUGGUCAGCGGGUUGCAGUCAAGUUGCUGUCAGAUUACAACUACCUGCUACGCGACACACCCGAGGAGGGCGCCGAUGGAGGGGUUGCUGAGGGCGGUGACAAGGCCGGUGGGGGCGAGGCCGGCAGGGCCGGUCGGCCGGCUCCGGCCCUGCCCUACAACAUGCGCAGCUUCGCCGACGAAGUCGAGGUUCUGUCGAGGGUGGACCACCCCAAUGUGGUGCGGCUGCUGGGGGCAUGCCUGGACCCGCCCCGCAUCUGCCUCGUCAUGGAGCGAAUGCAAACGAGCCUGCACCAACUCCUGCACCACAGCGGUGCCACAGGCGGCAGUGAGCAGCCGCAGGCGGCUGCAGCGGGCAGCGGGAGUGACAGCAGCGGCGCCACUGCCGCCGUCAGCUCGCGCAGCGCACAGGCCAUGCAGCCGAUGCCAGUUUGCAAGGCCCUGCACAUCGCACUGGGCGUGGCGCGCGGUCUGGAGUACCUGCACCCCACAGUGCUCCACAGGGAUCUGAAGCCCGCCAACGUGCUGCUGAACAACCCUGACUCUGACACACCUGAGGUCAAGAUCACGGACUUCGGCAUUUCCCGUCUGAACCAUGCCACACUGGUAACCCAACGCCCCGGCGCGGGCACACCCGCCUACCUGGCACCGGAGUGCUACGAGGCGGCAGCCCGGAAGCGCGGCGCAAUCACACACCGCGCCGACAUGUACUCAUUCGGCGUAAUGCUAUGGGAGCUGCUAUCAGGCUACAAGCCAUGGCAGGGCUAUAACUUGGUGGAGCUAGCGGCAGCUUUGGUGGUGCAUCGACAGCGCCCGCCACUGGAUGCGAUCGACCGUGGCUACGGUGGCGUCCGCUGCCCGGUGUCGGUGCGUGCGCUGGUGGCCCAGUGCUGGGAGCACGACCCGCUGCGGCGGCCGGCGGCUGCUGAGGCAGUCAAAUGCUUGGAGAUGGCGUUGCAGGAGCUGUCGGGCGGCGGCCCGGGGUCGGGCGGGCCGGGCUCGGGCUUGUGGCAGCCAGCUCCCAGCUCCUCAGCGGCGGGCACGCCGCCAACCUACGCCGCAGCUGACGCUGCAGGCCAUGCGGCCAUGCUGUCCGUUGAUCAGAUGUUGCAGGGGCCGCCGCUGCUGGGGGCACCACUGCCGCGCCCGCUGGGGACCGCGCCUGCAGGCGAGGAGUGGUUCGCGGGCGGCAUGACAGACUUCAGCACACGCACGGGCGUGGCGGAGCUGGCCACGACAGAAAAGCCAGAGGGCGACCAGACGGGGACGCAUUGGACCAUGAGCGGAAGCAUGGGCGCGCCGGGGGCGGCGCCAGGCGCGGUGACGUGGGCGCCGAGUGCUGCGCAGGGUCAGACCUCUGCCGGGGGAGGCGCAGCGGUCCCCAUUCGCUUCGCCGUCCGCGUCUGGUCCCCCGCCGUUUAGAGGUGCCCAUGGCCGUCAGCGAUUGGCGCAGGCCGCAGCUGCAGGCGCCUGCGUCCGGGUGAGAAUGCGUGCAGCGUGCGUGUGCGGACUCCCAAACGCUGCUCGUUACACCGCGCUGCUGCCUGAGCGCCGAAGGGCGUCCGCGUGCUGUUGGUGGUGGAGCGGCUUCGCAUGUGUUGAGGGCUUGAGGCCCUCUGCGUUGCGCACGGUCUUACACUAGCAGCAGCCUUAUACUUGCUGGGGUGUGGCUGGUCAAAUUUCGGCCGACGUGCCUGUUAUGUGUGUCGUGCAUUUGAGCAAUACAGUGACAGCUGAUUAUUUAAUUCGUCUACAACUCGACAAGAGAGGUGGCUCUCCCUAUCCCUUCGAGAAUCGUUUACAAAUCGGAAUUGGCAGGGAGCUGCUGAAAGAAUUUGCUGGGGACGGAGGAUACGUUGCAGGACGCUCGACUGCACAAGGACAUCAUUCGUAUCAUGCCAUCAACGGCAUAGCACGUCAGCUGCUCAGGUCCG